CUGCGACAGCCUCCCUCACCACAUCAGCGCGUCCGAACUCUCGCCCCACUCACGAGUUUCCCAGUCCAAGAUGUCCAGCGCCCACGGCGGAGCCAUGGACGCCCGCAGCGGCUACUGCGCAACAACCAAGUCAUUCCGCAGUCUCCGCCCACCGCUGCCUCUGCCACCAGCGGACGUCCCACUCACAUUCCCUGCCUUCGCGCUGUCGCUGCUGCCGUACCCUCUCCCCGCCCACCCCGCGCUCCUCGACGCCGCCACCGGCGAGUCCGUCUCCUACCCGGCGUUCCUGUCCCAGGUGCGCGCGCUCGCGGCCGCCCUGCGCUCGCGCGCGCUCCCGGUCGGCCGCGGCGACGUGGCCUUCGUCCUUGCCCCCACGCGGCUCGACGUGCCCGUGCUCUACUUCGCGCUCCUCGCCGUCGGCGUCGCCGUGUCCCCGGCCAACCCGGCCCUCACCGCCGGCGAGGUGUCUCGCCUCGUCUCCCUGUCCGGCGCCUCCGUCGCCUUCGCGGUCUCGUCCACCGCCGCCAAGCUCCCCGCCGGCCUCCCCACCGUCCUCCUCGACUCCCCGCACUUCCGCUCCCUCUUGAACAACGACCAAGGGGAGAACGAGUCGGCCCCGCUCGACGCCGGUGCGGUGCGCCAGUCCGCGACAGCGACCAUCCAGUACUCCUCCGGCACGUCAGGGCGGGUGAAGGCGGUGGCCCUGUCGCACAGGAGCUUCAUAGCGAUGGGGGCGGGGCUGCACGCCCAGCACGUGAAGUCGAGGAAGGGCGUCGAGAGGAAUCUGAUGAGUGCUCCCAUGUUCCACUCCAUGGGUUUCUCGUCCGUGCUCAACGGGCUGGCGCAGGGGCUUACGAUGGUCGUGAUUACGGCCGCGGCCGCGCGGGCAGGGUUGAGGGGGAUGCUGGAGGCAGCGGAGCGGUGGGAGGUCACGGAGAUCAUGGCGGCGCCUCCCUUGCUGCUGGGCAUAACCAAAGACAGGUGCCGGCUGAAGAGUCUGGUGCGGGUGGUCUGCGGCGGCGCCCCUCUGCCGACGUCGGUGGCGGAGCAGUUCCGUCGGCGCUUCCCUCACGUGGAUCUACGCACGGGUUAUGGCUCAACUGAGGCUGGGGUCGUAUCCGUGAUGGUCGACCGGGACGAGUGCUCCCACGUAGGCUCCGCCGGCCGCAUCUUCCACGGCAUCGAGGCGAAGAUCAUCGACAUCGUCACCGGCGAGCACUUGUCCAUCGGGCAGAAAGGGGAGCUGUGUUUGAGAAGCCCUUUCAUCAUGACAGGCUACGUAGGCGACGACGAGGCGACCGCAGCCGCUUUCGAUUCGGAAAGCUGGCUGAAGACCGGCGACCUUUGCUACAUUGAUCAGGAUGGGUUUCUGUUCGUGGUGGACAGGCUCAAGGAGCUCAUCAAGUACAAGGCCUAUCAGGUCGCGCCUGUAGAGCUGGAGCUUAUCCUUCAAUCGUUGCCAGAAAUUGUUGAUGCUGCAGUUAUGCCAUAUCCUCACGAAGAGGCGGGAGAGAUACCCAUGGCGCUCGUGGUGAGGCAACCCGGUAGCAAGAUCACUGAGGCACAAGUCAUGGAGCAUGUGGCGAAGCAGGUGGCGCCGUACAAGAAGGUCCGCAAGGUGCUCUUCAUCGACUCCAUACCCAGAUCGCCGGCCGGGAAGAUCUUGAGAAGGCAGUUGUCCAGCCAUCUGUCCAGACUGUGAUCAAGCUUGUGAUCAGUGAGGUCCUCGUCCGUGUUAGUUGCAAUGGGAAAAAAGAAGACUUAAGCCCUGUUCGGUAAUCGCCCGCUCCCGGAAUACUCGGAGCGGGGUACUCCUCCGAUUUGAACUGCAGCUCCGCUAACUCCGCUCCCGGAGUUGUGGAGCGAAGCGGUACCAAACAGGGCUUUAUAAUAUCGACAACAACUGUGGAGUGCUCAAUGUUGAUGUUCAAACCUUGUUGUGCCCUCUUGGGAUAUGUCGCGAAGCAUUUUAUUUUUCUUCC